GGCAGGAGGAGGACGGGUGAGGUCGCUACGAGGGGUAGCCAGCAACGGAUUCAAGACUAAGGCUCGGUCGGCGGAGAACCAGAUGUUCUCACUCAUCGCUCUGAAAAAAACAAAAUUAAUAGUUAUAAUAUUAUCAAUAUAUAAAAAAAAUUAUAAUUAUAAACAAAAUAUUGCUUCUCAGUGGAAUCCCAUAUGCACCUGAGGCUCCUCAAAGUCUUGCUUAUAACAUUCCACAUGUUAACAGCCAAGAAGAGCUGCAAAGCACGUUGUUGAACAAUUCUUCUGGAGAGUUUCUUGACCCCAGGAAAUUGGAGAGUUCUUACCAAACGUCCAGCCAUACAACAUGCCCUCGAGUUAUGAGUCUACUGAAGUCAUGUCAGCUCCCAAUGACUCUGGUACAGGGCCUUUUUUGUUUGAGAAGGACGAUUACAUUGAAAUGGAUGAUAUUCUGACCUCUGAACUCGGAGCUUCUUUAACUGAGAUACCCCAACAGUUCUUGGACCCUGGUGAAUUUGGAGAGUUUAAUGAGUUUGACCAGUUGUUCCAUGACAUUUCCAUGUUUUUGGAAAUGGAGCCUAUUCUUCAAGGAGAUUCUGCAGGUCCUUCUUCUCUGAGUAACACAUCAGACAAAGAACAUCAACAUUUUCAGGUCCAGACCCCUGAGAACAAGCUGUACAGCAUCAUGGAUCCUAACCCAAAUCCCAAUCAGUUAACUGACGAUAUGAAGAUGAUGAUCAGGCUCUUCUCUUUGAUCAACCGCAGUCUAUUAUUUCUGGAGCAUUUGCGUCACCUUCAUCAGGUACUUAAAACUCAAUACUCAUCUCUAAGUAUUCACCUAUGGUGUCCGCUGAGUUAUUCAGUCCCACUAAGCAAAGAUGUUUUUCUGCAUUUUGUCUUUGACUUAAACCAAGACUUGUAUAUGUAUAUAUGAUAUUCUGCUGUUUGUUUCU